AAAGCAUUGCUUUUUGUGACUAAUCGUCGACCAAUCUCCACGGCAACUAGUGCUUUCAGAAAAGCUGAGCUUUCUACGAAUCUAUAUUUUUUUUAUUUAUAUCACUCUACAGAUAUGAAACAUUACAUGCUUAAGACGUCUGUGCCUGGAUCGCAUGUGAUGUCCGACGGCGACCCAUCUCUCGAAGACGAUCUUCCAUUGCCAUUGCUCGAACAAGUUGAGGAAAAUGUGUUUACUCCCAGAAUAACAACUCCAAUAUACGCGGGAAGUGUGAAGCUGCACCACAGGAGAUCGGACAUCAUAGAAACGGAAUCAUUAAUAUCUGACGCACAGAGGAAUGAGCUGGCACUCCAGGAAAUAUUCACCGGCGAUGGAAAUGGAACGUUUCAUGAGGCGGAGAAGGAGGCUCAGGGGAGGAUGGGGGACCUGCAGGCCAUGUCGGUCCUCAGUACGUACAACGACAACUUGUCACAGGAUAUGAACACUGACAGAGACAACGGUAGCGAGGCGUCGACGCGGCCGGCCGAGGAGUUCACGUGUGGGGACGCCAGGACCCUGCCUGAUGUCGCAUCCGGUAAUGGGAAGCCGAACCAUUGCCAGAUAGUGAUGGGCGGGAUCCGCAACAACCCGUCCCUGAGCUUCAAAGAUGGCGUCCGCUCCAUAGACUUCGUGCUGGUGUGGGAGGCGUUGUUCGACGACGCCAACACGCCGGCGGCCAUCGAGCACCGCCGCGUGUUCGAGAUGAACCUGGAGAAGGAUGGGUUACAGCUGGAGAGAGAGGCGCCGGAGGGACUGCACGGGCUCAAUUUUGUUAAGAUUCAUGUUCCUUUACAAGUGUUAAGAGACUACAGUGAGAUAUUGAAACUUCGGAUGCCAAUGAAGGAAAACAUGGGGAAAAGCAAAGGUGGAAAAUUAAAUACAAUUCUGAGUGCUGCCAUGUGCAAACUGAAGUUUUCAGCAAUAAAAGAAGAUGAUAAAGGGUCAAAUUUCAUUCAAGAUUUCUGGGAUGGCAUCAUGCAGAAGAUAAGAAUAGACCCAAAGAUAUUCCCUGAGAGAAAGAGUAGACUCACUGCCAUAUUUUCUAAGGAUAAGGAAUAUUUAUUCGACACGACCUCCGAGUGUUUCUGGACGCCGUCGAUCCGCUCCCGCAUCGUUCAGUUCAUCCUGGACCGCAAGAAGUUCACGGAGAGCGAGCACGACGACUUCUCGUUCGGCGUCGCGCGCCUCAUCUCCAACUGCACGUACAGCGCCGCCUACCCGCUGCACGAUGGUGAUCUCAAAACGGCUGGCUCAAUGCGACAUCUGCUUUACACAGAAUGGGCGGAGGUGUCCAAAUGCCUCAAAUAUCAGCCUUUAGAUUAUGUGAAAGACUACUUCGGUGUUAAGAUAGGUUUAUAUUUCGCGUGGCUGGGCUUCUACACGCACAUGCUGAUCCCGGCGGCCGUGGUCGGGCUCAUCUGCUUCAUCUACUCCGCUGCCACCAUCUACUCCAAUGUGCCUAGCGAGGAGGUAUGCAACUACAACUCCACCAUCAAGAUGUGUCCGCUCUGUGACUAUUUCUGCGAGUACUGGGACCUGAAGGACACGUGCAUACAGUCGCGCAUCACGUACCUGUUCGACAACCCCACCACUGUGUUCUUCGCUAUAUUCAUGAGCUUUUGGGCGGCAUGUUUCCUGGAGCUAUGGAAGCGGUAUUCAGCCGAGAUGACGCACCGCUGGGACCUCACCGGCUUCGACGUGUACGAGGAACACCCGCGCCCGCAGUACCUGGCGAGGCUGGCGCACGUCAAGCGGAACCAUAUGAACGUGGUAACGGGCCAAUUGGAGCCUCAAGUUCCGUUCUGGCGCAUGCGCGUGCCCGCCUCUCUCAUGUCAUUCAGCGUCGUGGCGCUGCUAGUGUUGCUAGCGCUGGCAGCGGUGUUGGGGGUCGUGUUAUACAGGAUGUCGCUACUGGGAGCCAAUAUACUGCGGCAGAAUGACAAUGUGCUCAUCACGUAUAACCCGAUCAUGUUCACGAGUGCCACGGCCGCCGGGAUAAAUUUGCUGCUGAUUUGCGUGUUUAAUUAUAUAUACCAGUACCUAGCGGAAUGGCUGACCGAGCGCGAGCUGCUGCGAACUCAGACCGAGUUCGACGACUCGCUCACUCUCAAGAUAUACCUGCUCCAGUUCGUCAACUACUACGCUUCGAUCUUCUACAUCGCGUUCUUCAAGGGCAAGUUCGUUGGCCGCCCCGGGGAAUAUGUGCGGCUGUUCGGGCAUAGACAGGAGGAGUGCUCGCCCGGCGGCUGUCUCCUCGAGCUGUCCAUCCAGCUGGCCAUCAUCAUGGUGGGCAAGCAGGUCAUCAACACCGCCGUGGAGAUGACCACGCCGCGCCUGCUCAAGUGGUACAACAUCAUACGCACUAUAGGCAGGAAAAACGUGAUACACAGCCCACUGCAAUGGGUGAAAGACUUUAAGCUAGUCGACUUCGGUAACAUGGGACUGUUUCCUGAAUAUUUAGAAAUGGUUCUCCAAUACGGCUUCGUCACCAUAUUCGUGGCCGCCUUCCCCCUCGCCCCUCUCUUCGCCCUUCUCAACAACGUGCUGGAGAUGAGACUCGACGCCAAGAAGUUUCUCUCCUGCUAUAGACGCCCCGUGCCGCAUAGGGUCAAUGAUAUCGGCGUGUGGUACCGGAUAUUGGAUUCUAUCGGGAAGCUCAGUAUCAUUACGAAUGGCUUCAUUAUAGCGUUCACGUCAGACUUCAUUCCUCGCCUGGUGUACCAGUACCACAAUGGCGGCUCUUUAGCCAACUACGUGAACCACACGCUGGCGGACUUCGACACGAGCGUGCUGGAGCACCCGCCGCCGCCGGGGAAGAGCCAGUAUAACCUCACUACUUGCAGUUUCCCGGGCUACUGGUACGCGUCUACAAGCGACGACUACGACCGCAGCAGCUGGUACUGGCACGUCAUGGGCGCCAGGCUCGCCUUCGUCGUCGUGUUUGAGAACGUAGUGGCGCUAGUCAUGAUAAUCGUGAAAUGGGCGAUUCCCGACAUGUCCUGCGAGCUUCGCGACCGCAUCCGCCGCGAGGCGUUCGUAAUAAACACGGUCCUGAUGGACGAGACCAGGGCGCGGUCGCAGGCGGGAGGCACCCUGGACCGGGACAGCCGCCACCAAGGUGAGACAGAGACAAUAGCGGAGGGGCACUGGAACAACUUGCUUUCAGCCAGCCUGUCCGGCUCGGACUUCGACUUGGCUGCUCACGGCGACCACCAGGACAUCCCCGCGGGCAUCAGCAAGCACGUGGUGUCGGAACAACCGCCCGAGCCAGGGCCCGGCCCUACGCAUGUGUAGCGGGCCGAAUUCAAUACUCUGUGUAUAAUGAUCUUGAAUUUUAUUUUAGAAUAGGAGAUGGAAAAGUGCGGUCAGGAAUUUUAUUAAUAUGAUGCAAGCAGCACAUAUUUGAUUUCAGUCACAUUAUCUCGCAGUCAGGGGAAAUAUGUAGGUAGUUUGUUCGGAAUGUUAAAUCAUUGAAAUUCCGUUUUUAAUUUUGCUUUCCAUGUCUCGAUACCUAAACAGUUAUCCUCGAAUAUAUUUUAACAAUUCAUAGUACUUAAUACAAAGGUCGAUUACUGAACUUGUUAUUGACACUGUAAACACAAGAUUUAACAUAAAAUUUAAAGACAUAAUUAAAAACAAACGAUGAUAUUUAUCGUUUUUACACUAUAUAUUAUUAUCUUUCUUCGGUAAAUCAUCCGUACAAAACAAUAUAUAAUAAUUUAAGUCAGUAUAUGAACUCGUAUAUGAAUCUCAGUUAUAUUUAUUCAUUAGUCACUACAGAGAAUUAAAUAUUUGUAUUUAUUAACUGUUAUACUUGUAAGCAUACUUAUUUAUACUUUUUAUCGGUUCGUAAUGAAAUAAAAAGUUAUUUUUACACACUUUUAAAGCAACUAUGAUUCAAAAUAUAUUUUUUAAACUUUCUCGAUUUUAAAUACUGCUUCAGAAAGAAUGUUAAAAUAAUAAUAUACACUGCCUAUGUGACUUACAAAAAUUUAGGUAUUUUAUAAAAGGAGAAUAGGAGACAUAAUAAUCAAUUUUAGGUGGAAAUAGUUUUUUUUCGUAGUAAAGACUUGCUUUAUGUUGCUGUAUGAUUGGAGUAAUUUUUUUGUGAACUAAAAUUAUUAAAAUUACAAGGCUCUGAAACUGUUAUCUUAGGAAGCUAAAAUGGUAGACUAGAAGGUCAGGUUAUAAUGGUUUCAAAAACGGAGUCAUAAAAAUCUGUCAAUAGUCAGUACUAUCGACAACCUCGCUUAGGUAAUAAAUAUCUCUAAAUAUACAGCUGUUAUUAUAAUAUGUAUUCUAAAUUUUAUUAUGUUGAUAACAUGCUAAAGACCUAAAUAUCGAGUAAGUAGCCUGGCUAAUUUAACAUAAAUUUGUUUUUAAUUUUUUGGUGCUGUGGCUUAGCAAAUAUUAUUAAUGAUUUGUUACUAUUAUGUACUAUUAACGUAAGUUUUUACGUAAUCGUGGGUAAAAUGUUGUUUAUUGCUGUUCAAAGAUUUUUAUAACUAGUCAUGUAAGAUUAUGUUUUCCUGUAUAUCACGUUAUUCAUUAGAUGUUUCCCCCUAUAUGUAAUUAAUUAAUUACGCUCAUACUUAUGUAUCUUUAAUAUCGCAUAAAGUAUCUACCUCGGAACUUUCGUAUCGUAAAUUGCCAUAAAAAAUGUGUAUCCAUAAUAAUAAUAUGUUAUCCAUAUAUUUUUUAUAAAAAAAACCUAUCGAGUGUCGACAGAUUGAUAAUGUGAAACAAUUUAUUUAUUGGUAUCUAAUUUAGUAAUUAAGGUGUUUGAUUUUUAUAUAAUUUUUCAAGAAUAUAAAAAGUACUUUAGGUAUGUGUAACAAAAAAAUACCUCCAUGUUUGGAGAUUUUUACAACGCUUCAUGUUUUAGAAGCAUAUUGCAAGUUGCAUGUAGCAAUUUAAAUUAGAAUACUUUAUAACUAUACUUAUUUAUAAUGCGAAGUAUCUAAUUAGACCACGUUCAGGUGAAAAGCGUUUUGCUAACGAGCAUUUACAACUAUAUACAUUUUUUUCCGUGCGACGCGCGUUACCAUGUGGGCAGUCUGAACAAAGUGUAUGUAGUUGUAAACGCGCGUAAGUAAAACGCGCGUUGAGCGCUUGUCACCUGAACGUACUUUUAUUGUAAUAGAAUAAAACUAUAUUCAUGCUCUUUUUUGUUGGACUUGUUUGUUAAAACUCAAGAACUCAGUAAGUAAAUGCGCACAAAAGAAAAAGUUGAUAUUCAUCAUAUGGAAUAGGCGGUGUCGAGUCCAUGAACUAUGAUAUAGAUUUAAAAGCUCAGUUAACUAAAUAAACAUAGAAUGUCGACUGUUUGAACGGCACUAAAAGUCAAAACUUGUGUGUUCCUCGUCAGUUUACGCACAAGCCCUUUGUAAUUUGUGAUAUUUUUUCUAUACCUAUAUGUAUUGAACAAUAUGUACUUUAGUUUUCCUUACACAAUAAACCAACAACAUCUCAUCAAGUAAUCUCUUCCAAUAUAAAAGAUAUUACAAGCAAGUCCAAAAGUUGAUGUUAACUUGUGAUAGUGAUUAGACGCUGUCCAGACGCUUUAACUGUUGAAAUUUAAAUGCUUAGUGCUCGUGUUAAUGUUAACCAAAUAGUUUGAGACGCUUCAAUGUAAGUUUACAAAUAUAUACGUUUAAGAUCAUUA